UCGUGGCACAUUAAGAUGGAGCGCAAGCGCCGCAAGGGAGUCAUCGGCAACGUCGCCGCCGCCGACCGCCAGAAGAGGCCCUCCUGGUGGAACAUCUUCGUGCCCGACCACUGGCCCAGGUCGCGCCGCGCCUCGCAGGACCUGAGCCGGCCCACGGAGAGCGGCGCCACCUACCUGCGGAGCAAGAGCCGCAGCGUGGACCAUGGCUUCGUGGCGCCUUUCGACUUGGACUCGCUGCGCUCCAAAGUGGAGGGCCGCUUUGAGUCCGUUGACAAGCUCUCCAGAUCCGAUUCUGAUGGCGGAGGUCCCGGAAAGGACGGCGCCCCUCUCGGGGAGCGCCGACCCGCUUCUGCCCCGCCCCCAAUCGAGACGACGACGUACACGGUGGCAGCGAACGACACCCUUACGUCCGUGGCGGCGCGGUUCGACACGACGCCGUCGGAGCUGGCAAAGCUGAACCGGCUGGGCGCGCGCCUCAUCUUCCCCGGACAGGUGUUGCGCGUACCCUUGCGCGGGCCUGCCGCUGACUCCGCUGAGGGAGCGGACCGACAGCAGCCGCAGCUGCAGCCGCCGGCGCCUGCGCACCCCGAAGGCCAGCUGACGCCAGCCGCCGCCGCUGACGCCGCGCGGCCCUCUGCAGAGACAGAUAUUCUGGAGAGCUUGCGGCCUGUAUCACCAAAACCAACUGGUCCACCUGUGACGAGUGAAGCAACGCACCCCUCCCACCCUGAUACUACAGGUAGCAGUGGUGCAUCACUGGAGGAGCAGCGAGCUGAAAGACGUUUCCUCAAGAUCAAUGUGCGGCACAUAACUGACGGACAGGGUGUUGUUGGUGGUGUGCUGCUCGUGACGCCUAAUGCAGUAAUGUUUGACCCAAAUGUAUCUGACCCCCUAGUUAUUGAGCAUGGUCCAGAGAUGUAUGGUGUAAUUGCUCCCAUGGAAUAUGUGGUAAAUGCAGCUAUCUACUAUGACAUUGCCCACAUGAGAGUGGGCCACCAUACUGGCGACAACAAAAGGGCAGACACACCCAAGCCAGAAAUAUACCAUUCGAAGGCCUUUCAGACCUAUGAGAAAGGACAGAACUCGCCAGGCAAGGAUUCUCUUCUAGUGAAGGAUGAGACUUUUCCAGAGCUUGCUGGCCCAGCCCGAUCUUCCCCAGAGGACAAUGAGAGCGAGUGUUCAUGCCCUGGACGUGAAGAUGGUGAUGCCUUCCCCAAGGCCUUUGAACGGGAUCUCGUGACACCUACUAACCUGGCAACUACAGUAGAAAAUGGGACUGAUGCGGACAGCAGACAGACAAAGGACGGUGUAGAAGAGACGACUGAAGCAGAUGAUGAUGACUAUGAUGAUGAUGACAUCAUAAAGGCACUGAGAUCUGCAGAAGAGCGACGUCGCUCUUGCAUUGAUCAUCACUGGGCUGUACCUAGCAGCGAACGAGAUCGCUCCUUGGAAAAAGAUGAACUUGAAGCAGAUGGAGAAAGAAAUGACACAGCAGUAAGUGCUCCAUGUGAUGGCCUGCUAGAGAAACACAGCUGCCAUGAUUCUGGCAUAGAUAUCCGAGAAGUAGGAGCACUUGGAGAUCAGGCACAACCACCUGGAACUCAUUCAGUCCAGGAACAGCAGGAAGAUGAGGAGGAGGAAAUACCUAUUGUAUUACCUAGUAAGAAGGUGUUUUCCGAUGCAGACAUAAUUCUUGCACCAAAGACUGAAUGGGUACCACCUCGAACUGUGUCAGGUCCAACUCAUGUUCACACCUCCCAAGACUCUCCUCCUGUUAAUGAAUCUGGUAGGAAGAAAACUUCAUCAGUGUCCUUCAGUCUUGAUUCAAAUCAAGAGGGGGAUUCAGGCAGUGAUAAAGGUGAAGAAGGUAGUCAAAAAAGUGAAGAUCCAGAGAAACAAGAGAGCAGAAAGAAUAAGAUGCUGAAAAGGCUGUCAUACCCACUUUCGUGGAUGGAAGGAAUAACUGGUGAAAAAGAUGAUAAAGAUCCUCUGGUGGGACUACCAACGCCUUCCGCUGUAGAUGCACAGCAGCACUCAUCAAUGUUUUCCAAAGUGUUUUCAAGGCGAUCAUCAGUUGGGACUUUCAUCCGCCAGCAACAAGAACCUCGAUCAGCACCACUGCAGAAGCCUGUUGCUCCAAAGCUGGACUAUCGUAGUAUGGUGUCUGUUGAGGACAUGCCUGAACUUUUUGUUUCAUUUGAUAAAUUGAUACCAAGACCAGCAAGAUCCUGUGAAGACCCACCACUUUACUUAACACUGAGAAUGGGGAAACCAUUAAAUAAAAAGAUUCCAAAGUCAACCCCCAUUAUGUCAUAUGGGAAAAAGAAAAUGAGGCCAGAAUACUGGUUCAGUGUACCCAGGAACAGGGUUGAUGAACUGUACAGUUUCCUGAUGCUGUGGAUCCCCCAUCUUUACGGUGACCUGGAAGAAAUAGACUUCAAAUCACGUGGUUAUGAGUUAGUGGAAUCAGAUACAGAACUCUGGGAUGAUGAAGUUGGAGAUGGAAAUGGUCGAACAGGAGAUAGUAGGUCUCGGUCAGGCAGUGAUGGUGAUGCAGAAUUGGGGGAACUGACACGUGAAUCAUGGGAGGAGGCGUUCUCACGGCUGCCGUAUAACGGAAUCAGUCGGCUGCAGAAGAUUAUCAUCGAAUCAGUCCAGGGGACCUUCACGCGGCUGCCGUAUAACGGAAUCAGUCAGCUGCAGAAGAUAAUCAUCGAGUCAGUUCAGGUGCUUUCUAUGAGCGAGGAAUUACGCCGUGCACUGUAUGCCAAUAAUUCCACCAGUAUUGACUUGGAAUUUACAUUGCCAGAACUUUCGGGUACAACAGAGAUUUUGUCAGAAGAGCACAGACGCAAACUUUGCAGGCACUUGCCUGCCCGAGCUGAAGGGUAUGUGUGGACACUUGUGUUCAGUACCUCACAACAUGGUUUCAGUUUGAACUCAAUGUAUCGGAAGAUGAACAGGUUGGAGAGCCCAAUCCUCUUAGUUAUAGAAGACACAGAGAAUAAUGUAUUUGGUGCCUUGACAUCAUGUGCCCUGAAAGUGAGUGACCACUUCUAUGGAACAGGAGAAUCGCUUCUCUUCAGAUUUACACCAGAGUUCCAAGUGUUCAAUUGGACGGGAGACAAUCUGUAUUUCAUAAAAGGCAACAAUGAAAGCCUUUCGAUUGGAGCUGGCGAUGGAAAAUUUGGUUUAUGGUUAGAUGGUGACCUCUAUCAGGGGCGGACAGAGCCUUGCAGUACUUACGGAAAUGAGCCUUUGACGCCACAGAAAGACUUCGUUGUGAAGACCUUGGAAUGCUGGGCUUUCAUCUGAACAGUGCUGCUGAAAGUGCUCAGAUUCUAGGAAUGCAAACAGAAUGACAUUUGAAAAUACUGAAUGCAUGUUUCUGCCAGCUUUAUUUUGUAAAAAGUGUAAUUGAAAGCAACUGCUAACAUGCAGUUUUAUUAAAAGUUUAUCCUUGAUAAUGGACUGCAUGAUCUGGAAAAAAUGUGUGGAGUCACCAGGCUCCAAUAACAGCUUUGUUUGAUAGACAAUAUGUUGUUUUGUAUUUUUGUGUGGAAUAUUUAAAUACUAGGAUGCUUUUAUGUAUCAUGUAGAAGGGUGAUAUUUCUUCCAAGAAGAAUAAUGGAAAUUAGUACAAGGAUAAUGCAUAGAAUUUGUACAGUGUACAUAAAUUGUAACUCUGUAGUCUGGUAAGUGUACAGUUGCUGUAUAAGAGAUUAGUCAGGUAAUUUCUGUCUGUGAAAUAGGAAAUGAAUUUGUAACAGAUCACUCAGAAUUAUUGAAUAACAGCUGGUGAGAUAUGCAGUGCAUGGUUAUACUUAAGAGCAGACUGUUUUGGUCAGUUAGGCUGUUGAACAGUGAGUAAUGAAAGUUGUCAAGCUAAAGUGAAAUGAAAGUGAAUUAACCAUUGUUCUGGAAGAUGAUUUUUUAGAUUGCAGAUGAUUACACGAGUUACUUUUAGAUCAAUCUCAAUUAAUUGGUACUUGCAGAAGGUGAACAUUCUGUAUUUGAAAGAGGCUAAUCUAUAGAAGAGUGAAGACUAUUUCUUGAUGUCAAUGAGGAGUAACAUUUCAAGCACACUUCAAAUUGUGUGUCUUGCUAAUUGUAUGAAAUCACUAAAAUCAGACAUUAGAAACAACGAAAUUUAGUGUAUCACAUAUCACAGUAAAAGUUCGAAAUUACCAGAUUUGUAUGAACUUAAAUUGUGCUGCUCUGAAUAUUUUAUUUAAUAAAGACUGGUGCGAAGUUACCAUUCAUAUACCAACUGACUGAUAACUUGGAAGCUUUUGAUGAGAUGGACAGUACAGUUACCAGUAAUUUUUUCUGAGAUCUGACACUGUUCUCUCAGUGUUUCGCAUUUGGUAAAACUUUGUGUUCAUGGAAAUAUCUGUAUUGAUUUAAAAAAGAAAAAGCCUGUUCAAAAAAACUUCAUCAAAGCAGUGGGACUGUUAAACCACAAAUUGUCUAAAACAAUUUUAAAUUAUCGACAGAUACAAAAUAGAAGUUUACAAAUGCCAUAUAUGCACAAAAAGGCAUUAUGUUCUAUUAGCAAAAUAAAAAUUCAGUAUGUAGAAAUGGUCACAAAAAUGACAAGUAUGAUGAUGAAAAUGUGAAAUAUCAUAGUUUAGAUCAAUAUAUUUGUAUGACACUAUCCUUCAAUAUAUUUUUUCUGUAUUUUGCUGGAAAAUGUAAUCUUAAAUUGCAGUAAAUAUUAUAAUCUAGAAAUGUUAAGAACUGCUCACCUCAGAAGAAAUGUGGAAAAUACAAAGCAUUCUGCGGGCAGCCUUGAUAUUCGAUUAGUAUUUAAAAUGGACUUAAUGCUUUGGGCUUGCCAAACCAUUAAUGCAUACAACGGAUACUGUAUAAAAUUGUUAGUGUUGCCUUAAUUGUGUGCAAAUGCAAAUAUGUUGAAUAUGUGGGAGAUGUGCUGUUUCCUGCUUCAUUGUUGCUGUGUGUGAAUGAAUGUGGUAUUUUAUUUUUUUACACUGAUGUAGUGCUGUUUUCUGUACUUGUUUUCUGCCAUUAUAUUCAUAAUAAUGUACAGUGAAAAUAAUUAAAUUUAUUCUUGCAGUGGCCAUAAA